CCUAGGACCGCUCUCCCAUUGCGCAUGCGCGCGCCCGGACGGCGCGGGGUCUGAGUCUGUGGAUGUGGUACCGGCUGCUGGCGGCGGCCGGCAGUAGAGCGGUGGCUAGGCCGCUGGCCUUGUUGUGGCGAUGUGGUGGCCCAGGAGGCGGCAGGACGUCCAAGACCAGCGCGAGGGCCCUGGGCAAGGCCCGACAGUGCUUCCAGGGGAUCCACUUUCAGAAGCUGACUCUGCAGGCAAGACCGACGUUAUUUUCCCGGUGGCUGUGUUCAAAACCACCCAAAGAGACUGGUGAACUAGAGAAUGCUGAGUCUGGAGGAGACGGAGGCAGGAGAGGAGGGAAGCGGGAUAACGUUGCCUGGUGGAGGCGGAUGCAGAAGGGGACUUCCCCUGGGAUGACGAGGAUUUCCACAGUCUGGCCCUUUUGGGGGCAGGCGUUGCCUUGGGAUUUUUCUACCUCUAUUUUCGAGAUCCUGGAAGAGAAAUCACUUGGAAGCACUUUGUACAGUAUUACCUGGCCAGAGGUGGACCGGCUGGAAGUCGUGAACAAACAAUCUGUGCGUGUUAUUCCUGCCCCUGAGACCUCUUCUGAAAAGUUCUUGUGGUUUAACAUUGGCAGCGUUGAUACCUUCGAGCGGAACCUGGAGUCUGCUCAAGGGGAGCUGGGGAUCGAGCCCCGCAACCAGGCAGCGGUAGUCUACACCAGCGAGAGUGAUGGACGUAGCUGGGUGCGAAGAAGCCAAAUUGGAAAUUAUGGAAUUUGUGAAUUUCCUGAAGAAUCCCAAGCAGUAUCAGGACUUAGGAGCAAAAAUUCCAAAGGGUUCAACUCUGCCACCAACGUCGUGGUGUUGGCUGGCACCAACCGCCCUGGCGUCCUGGACCCGGCCCUCAUGCGGCCUGGCCAGUUUCAUCGCCAGAUUUACACUGGUCCCCCUGACAUCAAAGGCAGGUCCUCCAUCUUUAAGGUCCACCUGCGCCCACUGAAGCUGGACGAGAGCCUCAAUAAGGACGCCCUGGUGAGGAAGCUGGCAGCGUUCACCCCAGGCUUCCCUGCAGCCCUGAUUGCUGCCCGGCAUCUGAGUUCUUCUGUUCAGGAGAAACACUUUCAGCAGGCCAUUGAGAGGGUCAUCGGAGGUCUUGAGAAGAAGGCCCAGGUCCUGCAGCCCGGUGAAAAGACAACUGUGGCCUACCACGAGGCCGGACACAUGGUGGUAGGCUGGCUCCUGGAGCACGUGGACCCCCUGCUGAAGGUGUCCAUCAUCCCCCGGGGCAAGGGGCUUGGCUACGCACAGUACCUGCCCCGGGAGCAGCAGCUCUACACCCAGGAGCAGCUCUUCGACCGCAUGUGCAUGAUGCUCGGGGGCCGGGUGGCCGAGCAGCUGUGCUCCGGGCAGAUCACUACGGGGGCUCAGGACGACCUGAGGAAGGUCACCCAGAGCGCCUACACCCAGGUUGUGCAGUUUGGGGUGAGUGAGAAGCUGGGCCAGGUGUCCUUCGACUUUCCCCGGCAAGGCAAGGCCCUGGUGGAGAAGCCGUACAGCGAGGCAACCGCCCAGCUCCUUGAUGACGAGGUCCAGCACCUCGUCACUGCCGCCUACAGGCGCACCCUGGGCCUGCUGACACAGUGCCGGGAGCAUGUGGAGAAGGUGGGCCAGCGGCUCCUGGAGAAGGAAGUGCUGGAGAAGGCAGACAUGGUGGAGCUGCUGGGCCCCCGGCCCUUCGCGGAGAAAUCUACCUAUGAGGAGUUUGUAGAGGGCGUGGGCAGCCUGGAGGAGGACACAUCCCUACCCGAGGGGCUGAAGGGUUGGAACCGUGGACAGGAGGAGGAAGAUGUGGAGAGCAGCCUGUGCAGGGGGCUCUGCGUAGCCUGUGGCGGUCGCCUGCACCUGCUGCUGGGUGGAGUUGUGACUGCCACUUACCUGGGGCCUUUGCAAAGCAGCUGCGGAAUCUCACCCAAAACAAAUUAAAACGUGACAACUGUGAA